GAGUGAAGCAUCAGCAUUGACAUGCGACAAGCGCGAUCUCCCACCACACAGCUGAUUCAUUUCACGGGGAUCGUGCACUAUAGUGUGUGGCAACUGCUCCGACAAGACGCAUCGGACCUGGUCCCCGGCAGCGACACCGGCACGUAGUGUCUGUCUGUCGACUAUCAGCGAUCGAUCGUUCGAUCGUUUCCAGCGUACCGACGGUCGGUCGAUCAUCUUCAAAGAUCUGCGUCCCGUUCUAGCGUGCAGAGCCGGUGCGUUCUUUGCUCAUCCAAGUGGUCGUGUAGUGACGAUAGCUCAUUGACUUGAAGAAGAAAUCCGGUUGUAAAGCGAGACUCAUCUGCCUACCACCUCCGAACGGUCAAACCGGUAGUACAUGGUUGAGUGACUGUUCAGAGCGUUAUCUGACACCAGCAGAGUGUGAGCCACGGGAUCAAGGCUCUACGGCCGCGAUAGGUGUCCAUCAUCCAGUGUGUGUUUUACCGUGAAGCCUGCCCCGUUCGAGUCCAAACGACAGCCGAUAACAUUCCAGUGCGCAGUGCCUUGUUCCGUUAGAAAGUCCGUUAAAGAACACGAAAUGUGCACAAAGCGAAACAAUUUUAUGUCGGCGAAGAGGACGUUUUUGGGCGGCAUACGACCACUGGUCAUUACUUGUCUGCUGUGGUUCAUCGGAUCUGCCAGUGGCCAGUACCUGACCUCACCGUGCCCCGAGGUGUUUAACUACAGGCUGGACCCCAACACGAACCAGGGGUUCGGGUACAUCGAGCUAAACAAUCUACGCAUCGGCACUACCGUCAAGCUAAUGGUUGAUCUGUCCUACAAUGUGGAGGUUUCAAAGCAAAACCUGGGCUCGAUCACUUUGGUCAAAUCGAAUGAGCAAACAUUCCGUGACAUCUACAACAACCUACCGGCACAGUACCGGGUGAACUUUCCCUUUAGGAACAUCUACCCGAAGGUGCUGGCCAUUAGAGUGAACGGUGAAACCAUCUGCAGUGGAUCGCCCGCCCAGGGGCGGAUCGUCACGACUGUCAAUCUCGACCACACGCUGUACACCGAGGUGCAGCAAGUACCGUUCGGCGGCCAGGGCAAUGGAAUACAGUUCCGGCCAGGAAUGAGUAAUGGCUUCCAGCAGCAGCAACCGGUCACUCCGCGGCCCAACGUCUUUAGACCGCCAGUGCAGCCAGUUACACGCCCGCCCGUUUACCAGCCCCCCGUGCAGGCGUAUCCUGAGCGACCGCAACCGCAACCGCAACCACAACAACCACAACCACAACCACAACCGCAGCAGCCGCCGCAACCGCAACCUCAACCGCAGUCCCCUUCGGCAACCAAUUCCGAUAUUGUUUGCGGCACCGUGGCCCCACUGGGUAACCGACUCUCGAUCAACGGAAUGCGCUCGUCGAGGGGCCAGUUCCCUUGGGCUGCCCCGAUCUUUAACAUCGCCGGAGUGCCCAAACCACAGUACAUCUGUGGCAGCAGCAUCAUCAGUACGACGCACCUGAUAACCGCGGCGCACUGCAUGUUCUUCCCCGAUGGCACGGAACGGCAGCCCAGUCAGCUUACGGUGGUGCCCGGGAUGUUCAACAUCGACAACUUCCUCGACAACGAUAACCAAGAUCGGGAUGUGUCGAAAAUCCAUACACACGAAGAGUACGUGCACGAGGAUCUGCUGGUGACCGAUUCCGAUAUUGCCGUGCUGGUGCUAUCACAGGCGAUCAUCUAUAACGAUGUGGUGCGACCGAUCUGUCUGUGGAGUGGGAGCGACAAUCUGGAUCAGGUCGUUGGUAGCAAGGGCUUUGUGUCUGGCUGGGGCAUCACGGAGUCGGGUGAUGCAAAGUACCCGAGCUACGUGACGGCAGUCAUCAAGGAUAGGCGCGAAUGUUCCCGACAGCUUGGCCGCCUGUUUUCCGCCAACUCGCGAACGUUCUGUGGCGAUGGGGAAGGUGCGGUCCCGUGCAACGGUGACUCGGGCAGCGGGCUGGCCAUCAAGCGCGGUCGGCAACACUUUCUGCGAGGCGUUGUGUCCGUCGGUCAGUACGAUCAGGUGACACUGCUCUGUGAUACCGAAAAGUACGUCGUCUACACCGAUGUGGCACCGUUCCGGUACUGGUUGUUGCGAAUCACGAAAUCCUAGGGGAGGUGCUGGCGAAAGAGGCUGGCGUGCUCUUUCCGGAGCCCAUCUACGCUCUUCCUUUACUCAUCCACGUAAAUCCCUCAUUAGAUUUGAAAUAGCGUCAAUAAGUGUUGGUCAUUGCUACAAAUGACCGGAAAUUCCGUGGCCAAGCGAAGCAUUAAUGGGAAGCAAGUGCUUCUCGUAGAAGUCCUUAGUUAAUGGUUGUCGAAUGGCCAUUUGUCCGCCUUUUACCUAACUUGUGUAUCAUAUUUAUUUCGUAGCAGUUAGAUCCGAAUGCCGUAGGCCAUGUAAAGGCAUGACCCGGCAUACCAGAAGUCAAAUAAAUUCCAUACUAUUUGAAA